AUGUUCGUUAAAGUAGCAAUCUUCGCGGCUGUGGUGGCGACUGUGUGCGCCCAGCACGAUUCGCACGGUCACGGACACGCAACUUCCUCCCAAUCCUUCGUUCGCCACGAAGUUCGCCAUGAGCAACAGCAUGGUCAGGAAUACCAUCACACUCCUAUCGUUCACCACGCUCCUGUUGUGCACCAUGCUGCUCCCGUUGUCCACCAUGUCGCUCCCGUAGUACACCAAGCAGCCCCUGUCCAACAUGCCCCCUCUCACCAUGAAGAAGAACAUUACUACUCUCAUCCCAAAUACGAAUUCGCCUAUGAAGUGAAGGAUACCCACACCCACGACAUCAAGUCUCAGCACGAGAACCGCGACGGUGAUGUUGUUAAAGGCGAAUACUCCCUGCACCAACCCGAUGGUGCUGUGCGCACUGUCAAGUACCACGGUGACCACAAAAGCGGCUUCAACGCUGACGUCCACUACAGUGUUCCCUCACAUCACGCCCAGCCCGCUCAUCAUAACUACCAUCUUCGUAUAGUAGCAGCCUUACCGCCGCUCAUGAUUAAAUACCACGGACGGAUUAGAAAUAUAUCGAGCAAAUAUCGAUUUAAUUACGUUGUUUUCUUCGCGGCUGCGCUGGUAGCGGUGUGCGCCCAGCAGGACUCUCACGGCCACGGUCACGGCCACGCCGUUUCCUCCCAGUCGUUCGUCCGCCAUGACAUUCAUCAUGAGCAGCAACAUGGCCACGAAUACCACCAGGCUCCCAUCGUCCACGUUGCUCCGGUUGUCCACCAUGUUGCUCCCGUUGUCCACCAUGUUGCCCCUGUCGUUCACCACGUCGCUCCUGUUAUCGAACACAUUGCACCUGUAGUUAAACACGUGGUUCCAGUAGUCAAACACGUUGCUCCGGUAGUGAAACACGUUGCUCCAGUAGUUCAUCACGAGGAAAAGCACGAAGAAUAUUAUUCUCACCCCAAGUACGAAUUCUCUUAUGAAGUAAAAGACACUCACACUCACGACAUCAAGUCUCAGCACGAAAACCGUGACGGUGACGUCGUCAAGGGCGAAUACUCCCUGCAUCAGCCCGAUGGUGCUGUGCGCACUGUUAAGUACUACGGCGACCACAAAAGCGGUUUCAACGCGGAAGUUCACUACGAUGCUCCCUCUCAUCACGCCCAGCCCUCCCAUUAUGACCAUCAUUAAAUUCUUAUUCACUUGUUUUACCAUUA